UAUGUCAUCAAAAAGCUAAACCUUAAAAAUGCUUCCAUCCGAGAGAGGAAAGCAGCAGAACAAGAGGCACAGUUGUUAUCCCAGCUGAAACACCCAAACAUAGUCACUUACAGAGAGUCCUGGCAGGGGGAGGAUGCCCUGUUGUAUAUUGUUAUGGGCUUCUGCGAGGGGGGAGAUCUCUAUCACAAACUUAAAGAGCAGAAGGGCAAACUUUUGCCUGAGAACCAGGUGGUGGAGUGGUUUGUCCAGAUUGCCAUGGCACUACAGUAUUUACAUGAGAAGCACAUUCUGCACAGAGAUCUGAAAACUCAAAAUGUUUUUCUGACACGAACAAAUAUAAUCAAAGUGGGUGACCUGGGGAUAGCCAAAGUGUUGGAAAACCAGUAUGACAUGGCCAGCACUCUCAUAGGCACACCGUACUACAUGAGCCCUGAGCUCUUUUCUAACAAACCCUACAACUACAAGUCUGAUGUUUGGGCAUUAGGUUGCUGUGUUUAUGAAAUGGCUACACUGAAACAUGCCUUUAAUGCUAAGGACAUGAACUCUUUGGUUUAUCGAAUUAUUGAAGGAAAGUUGCCACCUAUGCCAAAGGAUUACAGCCCACAGUUGGUAGAAAUAAUACGAACUAUGCUCAGUAAAAAACCUGAGGAAAGACCUAGUGUGAAAAGCAUACUACGACAACCAUAUAUCAAGCAUCAAAUUUCUUUGUUUUUGGAAGCCACGAAGGCGAAAGCAGCCAAAAAUCAGAAGAAAACAGUGAAUUCUAAACCUAAAGAUCCUUGUUCUGUGGUCUCAGUAAAGACUGAAUCUCACAGCCAGAAUGUUACACACCAAAAGCACUCCGUUGAGCAAGCCAGGAAAUACAAAGUUAGUGAAGAAGAUUGCAUCAUCAAAUAUAAAGCCAGUAAAAUCUGUCCCUCAGAGAAACCAGCUGUUGAGUUGGAAAGAAAACGAAGCAAUGAUGAUUUGAACAACCUGAGAGAUUCCUUAGCUACUGUUAGUGAUGUGAAUAUUGAUAUCUUACCCUCUGAAAGGAUGAAGUACAGAAGUGAGAAGUGUGGCAGGGAACAUAUUCCAGAGAAUAGUAAAGCAAAGCGUUCAAAUGUUCCAGGAAAUUCUAAAAUGACACCCAGCAUCCCACCAGUUAAGGCAGAUGGGCUACAGCAAAGAGCAAAGCAAGCUUUUAAAGCUGAAAAUGAUGAGACUAGGCAGUCUCCUGUUGAUUUUACAGAAGGAGAUGGUGACACUUUGAAGCUCGUGCAGCCUGUAUCCGAAGACCAGAAGCAAACUGACCUGACCUUGGAUUCUACUGAAAAGCUGCUAGCACCAUUUGUUCCUGUUGUAAUUCAGGAUGGUGUCUGUCAUGGAGCUUCAGGAGAUGCUCAGGAAAAAAUUACCUCCCACAUGCAGCCUCAUAGUUCAGUCAGUGAACCCUCUCUCUCACGGCAGCAAUGGCAGAAGAAAAGAGAGCCAGCUGAAGUCUGUUCAGAGAAGUUCAGAACAGUUGCUCCUCGGCCUCAACCUUUUCCCUCUGACAUGAACAGGAAGACAACACAGAGGUGUGCAGAGCAGCAUGGUGCUGAAGCCUCUGAAUCUGUAAAUAGUGCUGAAACUAGUCAAGCUGCCAUUUCAAAGGAGCGGCCUUUGUCAGCAAGAGAGCGAAGAAGGCUAAAGCAGUCUCAGCAGGAGAUGUUUCCCUCUGUGGUUCCAGCAAGACCAACGUCAAAUAGUGCAGUAGUUGAAGGAAAAUCACAUAUGGAAACUCACAGUAAAGUUGCUCAGUCUUCACCAGAUCCCAGUAUUUCUCAGAGAAAGAGAGAAACCCAUUGCCUGUCUGAUGAUGAGUUAAGCUCUUCCACAAGCUCUACAGAUAAGUCUGAUGGUGAUUCCAAGGGGAGAAAAAGCAGCAUGAAUGAAAUGAGUGACUUGGUGCAGCUAAUGACAUGGACACUGAAAAUGGACUCUAAGGAGAACUCUGGAUACUGUGUAACCUCGGCUCCAGCCCCAGAGUUUAAACUUCAUAGAAAAUAUCGAGAUACUUUGAUUUUGCAUGGAAAAUCACUUGAUGAAUCAGAGGAAUUAAAAUUUGAAGAGCUUUCUUCAGAGAUGUUAUCAGUUCCUGACAAGAUCGGGAGAAUGGUUGAAAUCCUGAGAUCUGAUGUGGUGCAAGGAUUGGGAGUGAAACUUCUCGAGAAGGUGUACAGCAUCAUGGAAGAAGAUGAUGAAGUGAAAAGAGAGCUGCAGUUGCGGGAGCAUAUGGGAGACAAGUAUGCAAGUUACAGUGCGAAGGCACGGCACCUGAAAUUCCUUGAAGAAAAUGUGAAGUUCUGACCAGAACUUUUUCCUUGAAGGGAAGGACUGUUUUAUAGCUCAUUUGAUAGACCGGACUGGCUUACAAAGCACAUUUAUCCAUUGACCUCCUUUGCUGGA